CGGCUAGCAAGGCCAAGUAAGAAACCUUAAUGAAGCGCCGGACUAGCAGAUCUCGGUAAAGGAUCACUAUGUGAUGUUGUCCCAACGCAGGUCAAGUCGGAGAACCUGCGGUAUGCGGAAAAAACAAGGCCUGAUGCGAAUACCAAACCUUAUAGGUCCAUCUAAAUCCAAGUAUUACGGGCGGCCACGGAUGGAACGAACGGAACAAACGCUACUAGUGCGGCGAUCUCAAUUUGCCAUGACAGGUUGGAUAUUUGGGGCAUCACAUCACAGGAAAUUGACCACGAAUGUGGAAUCAUCUUUGCGUUUGUGCAUGCAAAUGGUUACUGGCGGCAGGUCCCCGACAAGCACCUGUAUACAGCAUGUGUUUUAUGGCCAGAUCGGUGGGAAGGUGUCCGACUGAGCCUCAAGAUGUCAUGCUUGUGGAACGCAUGAUAAUCUGCAAUUUUGUGCGGUAUGUACAAUGGAAAUUUUACGGUAUCCUGUGGUGUUUUGAGCUCAUUCACUUUUUUCCUGCAAGUGGAUGUGGUAAUUUGAUUGCACUGGUAGAACAUAGAGUGGCUGGGCGCAUCGUAUUGCAUCCACAGGAAGGGGAUCAUACCCGUAAAUAUAACGAAAUUAUCAGAGGUAAAGUUUGGGGCUCACGGUUUGAAACAAUAAGACCCUUGGGCGCUUUGGUCGUGAUCCGAUGGUGUGGGAUGGCGCUGGUCACCGGCUGUCGUGCGGCUUAUCAGUUAUCGUAAUUCAUAGAACGGUCAGCUUCGCAAUGGCGGCUCCUUCGGAUGAUCCGGGUCCGUCCGGCCUACUGAGUUCACUGAAGGCCAGCUAGUGACGGUGACGGUUCAGAAAAUUCCUUUCAAAGAAUUUAGCAAUGUGUUGGCGCACGGCAAA